GGUUUUAGUGACGUCAUCCCUCUUUAGUCUGUAGGCCGGUUUGCUGCUCUCUUUCUCCGGGCGGUGAGUGAAGGUGGUUCCGGGCGCGGAAUGGACCGUAGCAGUUGGACCCUACUAUGGCAAACAAACUUUACAUAGGUUUUCUUCACUUACUUUCCACAUUCUUGUUUUGUGAUGCUUCCUACCCUAGCUUGGAACCAGCCACAAUUCCACAAACUACAGAGAAACUCACUCCUGAGAAGGCAGCUGGUAUUAAUAUUACUUUGGCCUUAUGUAGACAGAGACAUCAUCUUCAGGAUCUCUUCUCUCGUUAUGGGGAGAACAAUACAUUGAAUAUUGAAGGGUUUAAAAAAUUGCUACACAGCAUAGGCAUUGAGAAAGUGAAAAGAAUAGAUCACAAUCAUUACCACCAUCAUCACAAUCAUGCUACACUCGGGACAAACUCUGACAAAACCUAUUGUCCUAAUGAUGAAUCAGGUGAUGGCAGCAAAGGUUUUUUGAAUAACCCAGCAAAAGAUGUGCCUGGAACAGAGAAUAUGGAGGACCACCAGCAAGAAUCCAUGGAUAACAAGAGUACAACCGUUGCCAUAACAACAGCUACCUACACCACAACUACAGAGGGCAACCCUUUGCUACAACACUCGGAAACUGCAGAAUUGUCAGCACACAUAGGCUUUGUCAGCCCCAACCCCAGCACUGUUCUAGGAAGCAGCAGCAAUUGCUUUAAUACAUCAGAAAUGAUGCUUUUCCAUGGAAUAAGUACUCAAGCGUCUUUGACAGCCAUAGAAUUUAGCUAUCUUUGUCCAGCUAUAAUUAACCAGAUUGAUGGUAGAAAUUGUAUAAUUCAUGCAGCAAGUGAAAAAGCUGAAACAGCUCCAAAAACAUAUUCACUGCAAGUUGCUUGGAUUGGUGGCUUUAUAUCCAUUUCCAUUAUCAGUUUUCUUUCAUUACUGGGUGUUAUACUGGUGCCACUUAUGAAUCGUGUGUUUUUCAAGUUCCUCUUAAGUUUCCUGGUGGCAUUAGCAGUUGGAACUCUAAGCGGAGAUGCUCUUUUACAUCUCCUUCCACAUUCUCAUGGAAAGCACCAUCAUCAUCAUGAAAAACCUUUGAUGGCACACAGUAACGAUCUCCCUUUAAAGCAUCUAGUUUUCCAAAGUUCAGAAGAGAAUGCUUAUUUGGAUUCUACAUGGAAAGGCCUUACGGCCCUUGGGGGAUUAUAUUUUAUGUUUCUUGUUGAGCACUUGAUCACAUUAAUUAAACAGUUUAAGGAUAAGAAAAAAAAGAAAAAAAAUGAUGAUGAUGAAUCAGAAAUCAAGAAACAGCUGUCUAAAUAUGACUCUCAACUUUCAGCAAAUGAUGACAAAAUAGAUGCAGAUGAUAGGCCUGAAAAUUAUUUGGGGGUACUUUCUCAAGAGCCAUCAAAUUUCCUCUCUCAGAAACCAAUGGUACAAGAAGAAGAAGAGGUCAUGAUCGCACCGAUCCACAAAGAGACAGCUGAUCAUGAAUAUGAAUCCAGAGGAUGUAGAAACAAAUGCCAUUCACACUUGCAUGACACUCUAGGGCAGUCAGAUCAUCUCAGUCAUCAUCACCAUGACUACCAUCAUAUUUUGCAUCACCAUCACCAUCAAAAUCAUCACCCACAUAGCCAUAGCCAGCGGUAUUCACGUGAGGAAUUGAAAGAUGCUGGUAUAGCUACCUUAGCUUGGAUGGUAAUAAUGGGAGAUGGCCUGCAUAACUUCAGUGACGGUCUCGCAAUUGGGGCUGCUUUCACUGAAGGCUUAUCCAGUGGCUUAAGUACAUCUGUUGCAGUCUUUUGUCAUGAGUUGCCACAUGAAUUGGGAGACUUUGCUGUACUUCUCAAAGCUGGUAUGACUGUCAAACAAGCUGUUCUUUAUAACGCGCUCUCAGCUAUGCUGGCAUACCUUGGAAUGGCUACUGGGAUACUUAUUGGCCAUUACGCUGACAAUGUUUCCAUGUGGAUUUUUGCCCUUACUGCUGGGCUAUUCAUGUAUGUUGCUCUUGUUGAUAUGGUACCCGAAAUGCUUCACAAUGAUGCUAGUGAUCAUGGAUGUAGCCGCUGGGGAUAUUUCCUGUUACAAAACGCAGGAAUUCUAUUAGGUUUUGGUAUCAUGCUACUUAUCUCGGUGUUUGAACAUAAAAUUGUGUUCAGCAUAAAUUUAUAGGAUUGUAUUCAUACUCAGAGCUGCACUUGAGGAGGUAGAAGAAUUUUUGCCUGUUUCUUGUUCCUCCUAAUCCUCCAGGGAGGAUGAGAGAUGUAAAGGUACGGGAUGAUGGAAGAAAAUUGUGAAAUCACCCCCCACCCUUAAUCCAGGGGUGAACUACUGAAGGAUUACAGUUGCUUCCAUGAACUGAUGUUUCUUUGUUUAUUGAAGUGGUACACUGCUUCAGCUGCAUAUUCUGUUUACUUUUCAUACUAUUGAUAUUGUCUGUAUAGUUUAAUUGUAGGCACUUUCCCUCCCAUUAAUUAGUCAUAGAGAUUUUAAUAAUAUAAUCUUUCAUAAAUUGCAGGGGAUUACCAGUGGCAAAGAGAGAAAAUUGGCUUAUUAAAUAUUACCUUUUUCCAAACAUAGUGAAAAAUGAAACUAUAAAUAGUUUGUAACUUGAACUUUCUUCUAAAAAAAAUAAUAUUGCAAAUGUGAUUAGAGCAUGCAUUGCUAGAGUUUUUCUUGUAUAUGUUAAAAUGGUACAAACACGUCGACUAUUGGUGAUUUAAAGAUAUAGAAACAUCUAAAAUUAUCACCUUUUUUUCUUGGUAGUGAUGGUGAAGAUCAGUUAUGUUACUGCAAACAUGUACUGUAUUCCAAUGAAGAGAUCUAAUAUUUUAUUUGCAAUUAAAAUUACAUGAUCCUUGGUCUAACUAAA